AUGAGCACAAUGGAGAAUGACAAGGGGGGCGGCCAGGUCAAGGUCGAUAUGAAGGAACAUCAGUGGAGAAUAUUCGAAUACAACAUGAGCAAAUGGAUGAUCGAAAAUAAAUAUAUUUUGGACAAGGAAGAGAAGAAGAAGUUUUACAAAUGUGCAAAUUAUAGUAUAGGAACUGGGAUUAUAAAUGCAUCUUUAGUGUAUUUUUUUUGCAAAAGGAACAACAAAUUUUUCACUCCCAUGUCCAGAUUUUUUUUAACCUUUUCCUUGGGCAUGUAUACCUCCAUGGUGGUGAAUAAAAUUUUCAGGCGGAAGGCCUACAUGGAGAUUUUGACGGAGAAGACCACCAUGACUGAUAAGGCGAGAGAAGUAAUGAAUGAUAUCUUGAAUGUGAAGGACGAUGUUGGAAAAGCGCCAUCCAUCGGAAGUGCCAACAGAUUGGACAGUACGAGCACGUCGAAUGCGUAUUCCAAGAACCUGUAUGAUGACGGACAGACGCAGAUACAUGAUGACACCCCAUCCAUGAACAAUACGAAUGUUCCCUUUGCUCAAGAUUUAAAUGAAACAUUUCUGAAUGAACAGAUGAGUGACGACUUCGAAAGGCAAAAUUCCUACAUUUUGAAGGAGCCAAGCGAAGGAAAAUAUGUCACCUGGGAUGAUAUACGACGAAUGAAUAAGUGA